AUGGCCACCGCCGUCUGGCCAGCUUACAAGAGAGCGGCCACCGCAACCGAGGAGAUCUGCAUCCUGACACAGUCAACCUCAGAUAUGUUUCGCUUCAAUCACUCAACAAACAAGACUGCUCCCAAACAUACUCGCUCCACGGAGAGUAGAACUCCUGUCCAAACAGUGUCAGCAGAAGAGGAUGACCACGUCUCCGCGUUGACUGGUCCAGCGGCUUUCGCUUCCCAUGACGCGAAUGACGGCCUUCCUGUCCCUACAUGGGUCAGUGAGAUAAAUAACUCGAGGGUCACUAGGCCCAGUCGUGCCUCAUCGAUAAUAUCCACGAGGACGAAGAUCUCUACCACCACGUUCCAAGAUGACGCACGGAGUAUAGACAUUGAUGUUGGAGGGCGAUCCUUCAGAAUUGGUCGGAAUGGCUCUCGUAUUACUACUACGACUGACGAUCCACCCCCAUACUCUGCUCCUGGGGAGACAAUCCGCUUCCGAAGUGGGGAGACAACACCAGUAGACUCUAACAGCAUCCACAAUGAACAUGAAAUGGACUAUGAUGUGUCCGAACCGGAAAGUGGUGCACUGACACCAAGGUCGACUCUGGCUACACUUCGUGUCAAGCCCAGUGUGAGAGCAAAUAUCCUUAACCCUGCAGAGUUCAACAUGCCCUCACCGAUCGGACACGAUGGACAUCAUCGCCGCUCACUGUCCGCAACGUCGAUUGAACCUGUGCGGUCCCGUCAGGUAGUGCAACCUUCGGAGAGGAUGUCGUUCAACGCAGCCGAUCAAGAUGUGAUUUCUGUCGAUAGGCCUCUUGCACAACCGCAGAGAAGGUCGACUGAGGCAGGGCUGCCGGUUUCAACAGACGUAACACUCCCUUCACCUUUCUCGAGACAAAGGUCACGGAUUCGGCUGCCUGCAAUUGACACGUCAACAGACAGACAUUCCCUGGCUGUCGGUGUGCCUCAGAGGUAUGCAGCUGAUUUGCAAGCAACCUCACAACGUCCGAUACAAAUCCGUUCGGCCGGUGCCAUACUCUCCACCAUAGAUGACCACGACGAGCCACGGUCACCUGAUUACAUUGGACGCCAUGCAACCGGUGCCUUCCCCUUGCCUAUGCGAUCUACCUCAUCGCAGAACACCAUUCGGCACGAGACUGGCCCAUCUCAGACCAGAAACGCAUUGGACGAACGAAGAUUUCCAUUCGAGACUAGCAUUCAGACGCCCAACCAAAAUCACUGUCCAUUGCCAAUGGAUAGUGAGAAUGAAAUCAGCUUGCAUUACGCUAGAAUGAUGCGGAAGCUCGAUUACGGGUACCGCAAAGCUCUACAUCUCAAAGACAAGGAAAUGGCAGAGCUCCGGGAAAGACUACAUGAGAAAGACACGGUACUCAGGCAGCAACUACGAGCCAAAGACUUUCUGCUGGAUGAUCUCAAGAACCGGCUGACGAAUCUCGAGGAAAAUGUGCAGAUUAUGCUGGAAAAGGCAAGGAAUGAGGUUGAAGAUUUGUGGGAAUCGCGAUGGAAAGAUCGAGACUUUCAUCUUCGUGAACGUAUGCGAAGAAUCGAAGAAGAUGCGCAAAAGACAAUCCAGCAACUGAGAGCCUCCCACCCAGAAGCGGGUGAGGACGGCAGCGAUGACGGCUCGACGACAACCAAGGUGAAUGUGGCACCAGGACCCAUCUUGCAUGCAAUAGAACCGAAACGUGUCUUUCAAUGA